CGAAGAAAUUCAAGUGUUUUUUUGUUUUAUUUCCUUGUUCGGAUCGUGCUAAGCUCCUAUAUCGGCGCAGAUAAUUCAUAUUAUUCAGCGUCUGUAGAAUCUGGGGUUCUCCGGUGUCGUCAUCAAUACACUUUGGCACAUGUUUAAGCCAUAAGCACUAUCAUGUGCUCUUCUUUUUGUUGACUAAAAUCUUAGACUUUUGUAACGAUGCAUUGGAUAACGUGUCUUUGCGGGAGUGUUUCUCGGCAUGCGGGAGAGACUUCGGAGACCGAAAUGGCCUUUGGUCUUCCUCUCUGUCACUGCAAUGUCUGCCGUUAUUCGACUGGCUUGCUUUUCACGUCCUAUCUUCCGACCGAAAAACCGAGAUCUUUUGAGGGAUUGAGUGUCUUUAAAGGAGCCGACAGCUCAUGUCGGUAUUUCUGCUCGAUAUGUGGCUGCCAUGUAUAUCAAUCACACAAAGAUCAAGACGGCGAGUUGAGGUGGGGAGUGGCUACAGGUGUUAUCACAAGAAGCGGUGAUUCAAGUGCGAGAGUGAGUUAUACGGCGCAUCAAAAAGUUGAUGAUGCCAUCGAUGGAGGUGCUUCGAUAUGGCUUCCUCUUGAGGUACAGCAGAAUCCCUCCAACCGCUCACAUUCGGGAUCAUUUACACCAAAAUCGAUGCAUCUCGAUGCACUCUGUGCGUGUGAAGCUAUACAUCUUCGCAUCACACGCCCAAACGAGGCGAGCUAUCUACCGCAUCGCGCAUACCCUGACCUAAUGUAUCCUUACUGUUCUACUGAUGAGUCUAUCACGUCAAACCCAUCAGACGAGAAGUGGUGGAUCAAGGGAGACAAAUAUCUCGCUGGAACCUGCAUCUGUGAAUCUUGUCGUCGAGCAUCUGGUUUCGAAAUACAGACCUGGGCCUUUAUCCCCCGAGCGAACAUAUUCAUCCCUUCUACAGAUGGCUCAGGAUCAGAGGUUGCAUUGGACUUUGAGAGCUUACCGACGGGUGCUCUGAAGUCGUAUCAAUCUUCGCAGGGGGCAGUUCGUCACUUCUGCGGUGGAUGCGGCGCAACUGUGUUUUGGCGAGAUGCUACUGAUUCAAGUGUAGUUGACGUGAGUGUAGGAAUAUUUCGUGCUGAUGAAGGAGCUAGAGCCGAGAACUGGUUUCAUUGGCACAAGAGCCGUAUAAGUUUCGCGGAAGAAGUGCAGAAUCAUCGAUCUGGUCCCCUGGCUAUAGCAGCCCAGGGUUUAUUGGGUACUCUUUCAAUGGGCCUGAAGGGAAGCUCUGAAGGUGGACUAGACUGAUCAUAUUUCAUAAUCUUAAGUGAAGAUCUUAUGAUAACGGCUGAGAUUCCGCUUAAAGAAACCGUUGUUUCCUAUAAAAACGGCCGUUAAAUGU